CACACGGGCAGGGAGAGCGCGAGGGAGCUGGAAUCAGCGAGGAGCGAAAAUGUGAAGGUGGAAUCCGACCGAGCAGCAUAAAUAAAAACACAACCGUAAAUCCUACCGAGCAACACCAAGAGCUUUGUAAGGAAUAAAAAAAAAAAACACUGGAAAUAUCCUCACUUUGUAUUUUUUCUAGGUUUUUUUAAUCUCUAUUUCUGGCUCUGUAUACCUUGACAGAUAAUUGACUGGGAGCAGUGUUGCGGAGAGUGAGAAGCAUCUUUUAUUUUCUCUGGAUAUUCAUUUUUUUUUAUGGACACCAUUUGGAUGGAGUAAAGUGUUCUGUGUGAAGAUCUCCUCUCGCUUCAUGGGAUUGUUCUCGACGAGGGCGUUUUGUUUGAAAUAAGAGCUCAUUGGGCAUCAUGAGUUCCAGUGCUUAUCAACAAGGCUCGCCGAGUGGUGAACGAAGCACUGGACCAAUCCGGUGCCAGCGAUGUCGGGAAGCAUGCAAAGGAGAGGUGGUUCGAGUACAAGACACUCACUUUCAUGUCAAGUGUUUCACCUGCACCGUGUGUAACUGUGAUCUGGCGCGAUCCGGCUUCUUCCAGAAGAAGGGUGAAUACAUCUGUACGGCGGACUAUCAGCGUCUGUAUGGGACACGCUGCGACCGCUGUGACAGCUUCAUCACAGGGGAGGUGGUCUCUGCUCUGGGACGCACGUACCACCCCAAGUGCUUUGUCUGCAGCGUCUGCAGUAAACCCUUCCCCAUCGGAGACAGAGUGACGUUCAGUGGAAAGGACUGCGUGUGCCAGCACUGCUCUCACAAACUCGUCAAGCCAAAUGAACCCAUCAAGAUCCACGGGCCCAGCCACUGUGCUGGUUGUGGAGCCGAGAUCAAGCAGGGGCAGUCUCUCCUGGCGUUGGAGAAACAGUGGCACGUCAGCUGCUUCAGAUGUCAGACCUGCAGCAUGGUCCUCACAGGAGAGUACAUCAGCAAGGAUGGAGUGCCAUACUGCGAGGCCGAUUACCACGCCCAGUACGGGGUGAAAUGUGAGACCUGCAGCAGAUAUAUCAGUGGAAGAGUUCUGGAGGCUGGAGGAAAACACUACCAUCCCACCUGCGCUCGAUGCUCCCGCUGUAACCUCAUGUUCAAAGAGGGAGAGGAGAUGUACCUGACAGGAUGUGAGGUGUGGCACCCAUUAUGCAAGCAGGCAGUGAGGGCAGAGAGGAGACUCAGGCACAGACGCCUGUCGGAGGCCUCCAUCUCUCCGCCCGGCUCCUCCAUAGGCUCUCCCAAUAGAGUCAUAUGUGCCAGAGUGAAGAAUGAGAUCCUAGGUUAUAAGGACCUAGCUGCCCUGCCAAAGGUCAAGGCCAUAUACGAGGUCCAGCAGCCAGAUCUCAUAUCCUCCUCAUACCAGCCGUACCACAGAUACACCUCUGAUGACAGGCUAGACUUUUACUGCUAUGGGGAGUCACUUGGGACACUCUCCCCCUAUUCUCAGGACUACGACAGCCUGGACAUUAAGCAGAGGCGAUGCUCUAGCCCAGGUUUUAUUGACUCGCCCACAUAUAGUCGUCAAGGCAUGUCACCCAUCAUGCCUCGCUCUCCGCAGCACUACGGCUACCCUGGCUCUGAGAGUGGCAGGAGUUCUCCUUAUUACGGCCAAGAGGGGCGGUCAAGCACACCCACCACAAACCAGCCCCCUAAACAUUUUCAUGUACCAGCCACAGGGGACCCCAACAUCUACAGGAAGCCUCCCAUCUAUACGCGAGCGGCAACCAAAAGCCGGACCAGCGAGGACAUCCUCAGGUCCUCAAGACUGUCCACCUACUCUCCUGAGCCAUACUCCCAGUCGGAGUCGGACUACUACCCCUACACCAGCUCCCCUAGGACCUAUCGGGUGCAGAGAAGACGCUUUUCGACGGGAGGAGAUGAAGAGAGUUGGAGUCACGGUCUUCAAAGAAUUGGGAGUGGCAUCGGGAGGUUGAUCCUGAAGGAGGAGAUGAAAGCCAGAUCUGGUUCCUAUGACAACGACCCCUGGGGCAGUGCGAGGAAUUCUCGUAGUGGGAGCAAGGAAACACUCAACACUACUGGCUACGGCACCACUGCGUACAACAACACUGUCAAUGGCUCUCCCAGAUCCCAGUACAGUGCUGAUAGUGAUUUUGUUUGUAAAUCGGCGUCGCUACCAGGAUACGGACGCAACGGCAUCCAAAGGCCUCAGAGUGCAGACUGCUACCAGUACCGCUACGACAGCAGCAGUGAGGUCAACUGGGGAAGCAGAGCAGAAUACAAGGUAAGGUUUAUCCAUAUGAAGCGCUCGUUGUCACCACAAGAGGUCGCAACAGGCUGCCCAAAGAUGUAGACAGAGCAAGACUGGAGCGUCACCUGUCCCCAGAGGAGUUUGUACAAGUGUUUGGCAUGACCGUAGAGGAUUUUGACCGGCUGGCUCUGUGGAAGAGAAAUGAGCUCAAGAAACAAGCCAGACUGUUUUAAACAAAAAAAUGAUGGACAAUUAUUGAAUCCUGCCACAUCCUCACUGACUGUAGGAGGAGAGAGCUGGGAAGACUGCGCUACAGCUUCACUGCCAUGGCUGAGAACCUGUUCUAUAUCUCCUUAAAAGACAAACCAAAUUCUGGUCGCACCAGUGUGGACCCUUAGGAUUCAGAAGAAGGCUGCAGAGACAUUAUGCACAGAUAUGACGGACUGAUAAAUUGAUCCAUGGUUGUGGAUGCAACUGUGGAUGUGUCCUUGAGUGGCGUGUAAGCAAUAGACUGUAGUACAGUAGCUCUGUGCUUUUCUUUAGCCUGACAGAUGGAGGAAGGCAUGAGGCCCGGUCGGAGCAGGGGGUUCGUGACCAGAGCCACAGUACUAAUAUACUACGAGGAGAUUUUUGGCUUUGCCUUAUUUGUUAUGCUCUCUUAGUUAUGAGUGUGCAGCACCAGCAUUCUGAAUGAGUAGAAUGUAGACCAGUACAUCAUUUCUGACACUUUACGGGUGUGAAUGAUUAGAUGGGAAGAAUGAUUGAGCAUACAGCACCCAUUAGCUUUGGUUCAUAAGGUUGAAUUUUGUUUACUGUUUUUUCUCUUUCACAAACAAUGCUGUGUCCCUCUUGUUUACAUGUUAAUGUGCAAUUCCGUAGAUUAAAUAGAUAAAAUAGACACAAAUGAAGUCCUCCAGCUCCAUGUUUUCCAGUCCAUUGCAAUAGAAUGAUGACUAAAUGUUUUAGUAUGUGAACUGUAGUCAUCCA